AUGAGUUCAACUACAGCCUCAACUGCCAGAAGUCGAGAAGUCGUCGAUUACGCUAUUAAGAAUCAAUGUUUCCAUAAUCAUCAAGGCGCCCCAUAUCGAUUUCGAGAUCUUGUCAGACAGCUACGAGAAACUGCGGAACCGGCAAAAGAGAAUGGGCUAGUUGAUCAGCCUGGACUAACUGCAGCACCUUUGCCUCGCACGAAGAUCGCAUUAGAGCCGUUUCUCGAAGAGGAAAGCUACGACAUCCCUAUAGACCCCAAGGUCCCUGCUUCUUCUGUAUUCAGAUUUCUAGGCCAAACAAAAGGCCUUCGACUCCCCUCGGAAAGCAUGUAUACAGGACAUGAUCUGCAAACAGAACUGUCACAAUAUCUACAAGAUAUCCAGAUUGCAAGCUCUUGCAACAUCCUGACCGAAUGGAUCCCAUUGACCUAUGUCAGUGCUGAGAAAGAUGAAGGCCUUGGCUUUCCAUCCACCGUCUCACGAUGGAAAACAUUAGCCUUACGUGAAUUAGAGGGUGAUGAGCCUACAUUUACGGAAUCUGACCACGCUUCGUUCUAUACACAACAGACACCAAAUCAGGCUUGCACGCCAGACCAAAUCAAACAGAUAUUCUCUCUGGAUAAACAUUACCGUUCAAACUUAGAGCCGGUGUCUCCUCCGCUUUCCCCUGCCUCUGACUUGGGCGAACCAUUUCUUCCAAGCACAGAACAUAUGAUGAUCGAUCUGACCUCAGAACCAAGCAGUCCAUCCAAUCCUGCAGUUGAGGACUUAGGUUGGAAUAUGCAACAUGGCUUUGUGGACUCUGAGCCUCUUGCACCUUCAACUAUGCCCAGCUCUCCUCCGACGGCUAAGGCGGCUUUCUUGUCUAAUACAGCAAAGAACCAUUCAGCUCUCAGGUUAGACGUACCUAUGUUGCCAUCUAGCACUGCUACCAGUCCAGCUCGGGGUAAUUUUGCAGAAACUUUGGCACCUCAUCUCCUGCGUUAUGAGGAAGCACCCCAAUCUUCAGCUGAUGAUGGGGGAUAUUUCGAAGAAGCAUUGCAGUCUAUAUUAGAUGAGAAACACCACCAGGCAAAUCGGCGAUUGGAACAAGAACGGUUGAACUCAGAAGACGCUUUAUUACGAUUGCAGGUACCAGCACUCGAUUUUCAGACACCUGAUCCUGAAUGGAUGUUACAUUUGUCCGCUUCGCAGGAUCAUUUUGAAUGGCUACAACAAUUUUUCUCCAAGGCCUUUCAUUUGACCUGCUACAAGGACCUAAGUCGUCUCGAAGCAUCACUUAAAUGGACGCCAAUCCCUCAUGAGAGUGGCAAAGUUUCAUUGACCGAGGCAUCUAUUCAGUUGGGACCUGUGGCGAGAGAAUUGCUUACCCUAAGGCCUCCCCGACUAUGCAGUCACGACUACAUCGUUUGUCGAAACUUACCAAUGGUGCUCCAUAUUCUGAAUGAUGAAGAGAUUGAACAAGAAGUUGCCUCAGUUGUGGUGUCGUCACCAUCAAUUUAUCACCAGAAUCAGGACAGCUCGACGGCUACUUCUCAAUCUCAGAAGCCUCAUGUUGCGCCGUCCUUGAAGGAAUUAAUAGGUUCGUUACGACAGGGAACAGGAAAUAAGCAUCAGCUUGUUGUCUAGUUUCAUGCAGCUUCGACAACCGAAAAGGCUGAAGAAAGGCAGUAGCUCCUCUCGAAGUUCGGCAGCCCUAAGGGCCAUGCCAUUCAUGGCUGAUCCUACAAUACUACCCGUUAUCCAAGAAGAGGCCCAGAGCGAGCUGCAAGACGCUCCGGUUCCAAAUCUCGAGAUUCCUCAGGAGACUUGUCGUUACAUAGUCUCGUUGGACUUGAAUCGCAGCACUCUCUCCUACCUGGAGAAAGUCUGGCCACAAGCUGAGCUCAUCGACCGAGACUUCUCACAGUACAACACAGUUUCCUGGUCUCCUGGAUCGGCUCAAAGAAGGGAAAUCAUUUCGUCUUUGGCGUUUGAGGCUGAUAUAUCCAUGAGCCCUGGUGCCGGCCUCAUAUUAACUACGAUACUGAAAGUGAAGCAGAAACCUCUUCCUGGAUCCAGUGCUCUCAUACCAUUUCGUGAAAGAGUCAAACAAGUAAGUGAGAAAUACGAAUCUUUAUUUAUAUUGGUAUCAGAAUCGAAUCCGUUGGGAGAAUAUGUCGGGUCACCAACACCCUCUGAUAUCUCCGGGUAUGCUGACUUCGUACGUUUCACAACAAGUCUUCGAGCAGGCAUAUCAACACAUCUGGUUUCUGGCUGCGAUGAAACACUUUCUAAAUGGGCUUUGUCCAUAAUGUCCCACUAUUCUUCAUCAGCUCAUCAGUUUCGGUCUUUUCUUGACUUUCGUGAUGGUGCAUGGGAGUUAUUUCUGCGCCGUGCUGGUCUCAAUAUCAGUGCAGCACAAAUAAUAGCAGGUCUGCUAGUAUCUGAAUACGGUCAAGGCGGACUUGCGAACUUUUUAAGUAUGAGGGCAGAAGAACGAGUUUCCAAAUAUGGUCAAAUCAUGGGAGGCAGGAGAAUACUAAGCAAUGUUUCGAGAAUCUUGGACCGAGAGUGGGUGUAGUCAGCCACCACAUAAAAUGUACGGAGUAACUGGAGCACAAUGUUUCUGUACUUUACGAUGGGUCACCUACAUUUAGACCUACCUGUGAGAACUUUGAGUCCCCGACUUGUGGAUCAAUGACCAGGUAACUAGAGAUGCACUCGAGUACGCAGGGAAGGGCGUGUUACAGAUCACAAUGAGCAGCUUCAAGCAAUAUCACAUCGCAGCACAACAGACUUAUGCCCACC